CAGCAACACCGCCAUUUGUUUACAUCGUCGGCUUCUCCAAAAAAGUCAAGGCGGAGGCGGUGUUAUUCUUCUUAUUUUACGAGUUGUGUGGAAAGCAGGGCAGAGAUGGGUGACGAGGAAAUUAUUAGGCGUCGGUUGAUGAUUGACGGAGAUGGGACUGGAGAUGCUCGUGUGAUGAUGAUGUUUAUGAAGUCCUUUAUCAAGUGGUGCUCUACAGAUGAUUCUCCACAGGAAUGCCAGAACCAGUUUGACCGUCUCCUAACACAGCUAGCGUCCAUAGAACAUUCUUCACUUAAAUGGAAGGCAAUCGUUGGCAUGAAUCAGGAGGAGAUAAAACAUUAUGAACUGCUAAGAGAUGAAACCAGCAGAAGUGUUGAAGAUGCCUAUGUAGCUAUUGGUAUUGCCAAACAAGAAUUAGAAGAAGCCAGGCAGGUACGACGGAACAGGCUAGAGUACGAUGCUUUGGCAAGACUAAUCAAGGAACACCCACCACGUUCAGACACCGCUAAUAAAUUGGCACACCUUACACAGCACCUGCAUUCUCUCAAGGCUUCUCUGAAGGUCUUGUUGAAAGUGGUUAAAAACAGCAGCUUUAGUUUUUAUUUACAGCCAAUGAUUUAUCCUAAGGGAAAUUCUACAGGGGAUACAUGCUGUGUUGACUCCAGUCCACUAGUUUGCAUUGGAUCACAGUGCCAUUGA